AUGCCUGGAUCCUCUGGGCCAGAAGAAGGAUUGAACGUUGUAGGUUCCAGCUCGAUCAUUGCUUACGCCGUCUUCCAAAACGCAGUGCGGUCCCCUGAGGUUCGCCCUCUUUUCUACCUGAGUCUCUCUGACCUAUUUCUGGGCAUGUGCUGGCUCGCUGGGGCCCUUCUCUACAGCACACCAACCUCCAAGCAGGACCUCAUCUGCUAUAACCUGCAAGCAACAGGACAAAUAUUCUACGUGGCCUCUUUCCUUUACACUGUCAACUACACCUGGCACCUGUACAUGGACCUAAAGGUGAAAUACAAUCAAAACCUUUACCGGAUGCCCCCCCAGGCUGUAGAUUAUGUGAGUUGCAUUGGCCGAGUAGCAACGAUCUCAUCUAGCUUGGUCCCUUUCCUUCUCAUGGUGCCUGUGUUUUGCCUGGGCAACAGCAGUAAUUGUUACCAGAACUUCAGCCAGAAGCAUGGGUAA